UCUACUUUGUUUAGUUAAUGAUUAUUUCUCUAGGAGCACCUUUUAAAAAGGAUCGGGAGACAGCAGACUUUCCCAGUGACAAACAGGCACCAUGAAGCUGGGACGGCGUCUCUCUGUUUGUGUCCUGCUGGUACUUUCUGUGACAUGGAGCACAAAUGCAGGGAACAUUUUGGUGUGGUACACUGAAGGCAGCCACUGGAUUAACAUGAAGCAUGUGCUGGAGACGCUGAUCGACAGGGGACACCAGGUGACGGUUCUUGUCCCCAGCGUGUCGAUGUUCAUGAACAGCAGUGAGUCUUCCCGCUUUCGCUACGAACCCUUCAACGUCUCCGUCUCUACGGAGGUCAUAAAGGAGUUCAUAGAAGAGUUCCUUCAUUUCUCCAUGUACGAGAUGGAUCAUAUGAGCUACUUGCAGAUUUACAUCAGAUUCAUCAGUCUGAUGAAGUUCAACCAAAAUUACACUUUGAAGAAUUUGGACGGCGUGGUGAAAUCAGAAACCAUCAUGAAGAAGCUGAAGGUGGGAAAUUAUGACCUUCUCCUGGCUGAUCCCGCCUACGCCGGCAGUGACUUAGUAGCAGAGAUUUUGGGCAUCCCCCUGGUCUUCUCCCUGCGCUUUUCUCUAGCCCAUAACUGGGAGAGACAGUGUGGUCAGCUACCAGCUCCACCUUCCUUUGUCCCCGGCGCAAUGAGCAAACUGACUGACAAGAUGGACUUCUCCGAGAGAGUGUGGAACUUCCUCUUCUACGCACUGCAGGAUUUUGUGAUCUAUAAUAUUUUUUGGAAAGAACUAGAUAAAUAUUACUCUGAAGUCAAAGACGGCAGCCACUGGAUUAACAUGAAGCAUGUCCUGGAGACGCUGAUCGACAGGGGACACCAGGUGACGGUUCUGGUCCCCAGCGUGUCGAUGUUCAUGAACAGCAGUGAGUCUUCCCGCUUUCGCUAUGAACCCUUCAAUGUCUCCGUCUCUAUGGAGGUAAUUGAGGAGUUCAUGGAAGAGUUCCUUCAUUUCUCCAUGUACGAGAUGGAUCAUAUGAGCUACUUGCAGAUUUACAUCAGAUAUAUGGAAAUGAUGAAGGUCGAUCUGCAGUAUUCUUUGAAGCAGUUGGACGGCGUGGUGAAAUCAGAAACCAUCAUGAAGAAGCUGAAGGAAGGAAAUUAUGACCUUCUCCUGGCUGAUCCCCUCUAUGCAGGCAGUGACUUAGUAGCAGAGAUUUUGGGCAUCCCCCUGGUCUUCUCCCUGCGCUUUUCUCUAGCCCAUAACUGGGAGAGACAGUGUGGUCAGCUACCAGCUCCACCUUCCUUUGUCCCCGGUGCAAUGAGCAAACUGACUGACAAGAUGGACUUCUCCGAGAGAGUGUGGAACUUCCUCUUCUACGCACUGCAGGAUUUUGGGAUCGAUAAUAUUUUUUGGAAAGAACUAGAUAAAUAUUACUCUGAAGUCAAAGGAACACCCACCAGUGCCUGUGAAGUGAUGGGUAGAGCAGACAUCUGGUUGAUGCGAACCUACUGGGAUUUUGAUUUCCCUCGCCCUUUACUUCCUAACUUCAAAUUUGUUGGUGGGAUCCACUGCAGACCUGCUAAACCUUUACCAGAGGAUAUGGAAAAGUUUGUGCAGAGUUCUGGAGACGCUGGCAUCGUGGUCUUCAGUUUGGGAUCAUUCAUCAACAACGUCACUACAGAGAAGGGAAACAUGAUCGCCUCAGCCCUCGCUCAGAUCCCACAAAAGGUGCUGUGGAGAUACCGUGGAGAAAAACCAAAGACGCUGGGUGCCAACACCAGAAUAUACGACUGGAUCCCUCAGAAUGACCUAUUGGGUCACCCCAAGACCAGAGCUUUCAUCACACAUGGCGGCACAAAUGGGAUUUAUGAGGCCAUCUACCACGGUGUUCCCAUGGUGGGCAUCCCCAUGUUCGGUGACCAGCCAGACAACAUGAUCCACAUGAAGGCUAAGGGAGCUGCAGUUACUGUAGACUUGAACUUCAUGAACACAGAGGACCUUAGAGAUGCAGUCAAUGCUGUCAUCAACGAGAAAUCGUACAAGGAGAAUGUCAUGCGGCUGUCCAGUAUCCACCAUGACAGACCAAUGAGUCCUCUGGAUGAGGCGGUGUUCUGGAUCGAGUUCACCAUGAGAAACAAAGGGGCCAAGCACCUGAGGGUUCAGGCCCACGAGCUCACCUGGUACGAGUAUCACAGCCUGGAUGUUGUGGCCUUCCUCCUUGCCAUCAUACUGUUCUUGAUAUUCAUCUUCAUUAAGACCUGCAGUUUCUGCUUCCGGAGGUGCUGUGGCAGAAAGGGAAAGACAAAGACAAAGGCUGAGUAACUGAUGGAACUGAAAUGUAGUUGGUAAAGAACAGACUGGUGAAAAAACAACCUUUAUAUAACAGUUCACCAGUUUUCCUGCUGGUGUAAAGCAGAUAAUGUAACCACAAAGCUCUGGACUGUGUGACAAUUACUGGCUUGGGACGAGUUAUUGUUACUACUUUUAAACAACUAAUUAUAAUUGUUAAAAAAUUAAGACAUUCAUGAGAACAGUGGCCUGUACUACAAAGGGAGUUCAGCCUACUCAGAGUUAAGUCGGGGUUAUCAGGCAAACUCAGGGUUGACAAACUCUGACUGCCUACACUGGAGUUAAACGGUACUACGACGGUAGGUAAGAUGUUGGUUAGUUGAGUCCGUGUUAACCCGGUGUCAACUUAAUCAGAGUUGGUGCGCGUUCUCACAAAAGGGGUGUGUUCGGCGGUGUAGAUAGAGGUUUUCACAACGGCGCACGCUCCGUAUUUACCACAGUAGAAUGCACGUUGAUUGUGUCGGGAUUGUGUAAUAUGAUUAAGAUAUAAAGGUAAAACUGCACAUAAGGUCCAUUGUAGGUUUGAUAAUCCGAGACGAGAGGGGGUUGUAGCCAAUUCUGUGGUCUGGUCGCCGCCACACAGACCACUGGUCGCUACCACAGUCUCUGAGGGAAGGCUCCUUUCUGUUCCUUUUUACACAAUCUGUGGCUGUACACAUUAAAAGAGGUCAGUUUCAAGGUUUUAUACAGUCUAUGGUUCCAAAGUAGACCUAAAGUGACCUUAGAUCAUUUAAAUUAUCAACUGGCAGAUGAUACUUCUUUUUUUUGUCUAAUAGAGAGGAAUGAAUCAAAGCAAUUAGAUGUGUUGAGGAAUUUUCUACUGUAUUAGGCUUAAGAAUUAACUUGAACAAAUCUGUUUAUUAGGCUACCACUUAAGGAAUGUGAACUAUCAGAAGUUAAUGGUAUCCCUGUGAACCCAGUUAUAUACCUGGGUGUGAUAAUGAAAAACUCUGCAAUAACCUAAACUUCAGCCCUAUGAUUAAACAAAUAAUGAAAAAGGUUCAACAAGUUAUCAAACUUUUAUAAAUAAGCUGUAAUGGCCUGGAAAUGAAUAGAUAGUAUUUUAUUCGCACGAUUGCCGUUAUUCAAUUCAAAAACACCAAAGUAUGAAGAAGACAUCACGAACCAGACUUAAUCUUUUAAUUUGGAGCCAGGCAAGAGAGGGCAUGAUACGAGGCUCCACAGUCUUGGGUCGCUGCCACUAGGGGCGCUAAGGAUAGUGGUCGCUGCCACACUGACCACUGGUUGCAGUUGGUUAUAUCUACUGUAAUACUUUAUCAUAAUUCUUUGUUAAAUAUACUAUGUUAUGCCUACUCUUAUUGUUGCACUAUAUAUUUCGGUUUGCGUGGUUAUAGUCUAUCUACAGUAACAAAUAUAUCUAGAUCAUAAUACUUUGUUAAAUAUAGCCUACUAAUUUUUGAUUAUAACUAUAUUCUUAUUGUUAAAAUCAGUCUAGCUUGGAUUCAACCAACAAGUCGUCAUCAUGACUCACCACACUUUCCUUCACAGGUGACAUCACUGGCCUUCUUCAAAGAUAGAGAUUUAUUACUGUAGGUUAACCACACAAACUGCAAUAUACAGUGCAACAAUAAGAAUAUAGGCAUAAUCGAUAAUAUUGUAGGCUAUAUUUAUCAAAGUAUUAUGAUCUAGAUAGAUGUAUUAGCCUACUGUAGAUUGGCUACAACCACACAAACUGCAAUAUACUGUAGGCCUACAGUGCAUCAAUAAGAGGCAUAAUUGAUAAUAUAGUAUAUUUUACAAAGUAUUGUGAUCUAGAAAGAUGUACACACUUUCAUUCACAGGUGAUAACACAGGGCUUGUUAUAGGCAAGGACUAAAGAUAGAUAGAUGUAGGCUAUUACUGUAGGUAUAACCACACAAACUGCAAUAUAUAGUGCAACAAUAAGAAUAUAGGCAUAAUCGAUAAUACAUUAACAAAGAAUUAUGAUAAAGAUGUAUUACAGUAGUUCCCAUACACACACACACACACACAGCAGUCCAUUACUUGUCCCUGAUGUCUGUGAUAUUGCAACAAAUAUUGCCGCUGCAAGGAAUUGUGGGACGGCAUUCUCUCCUUUCCUUUGUAACGGAUGGUCCGGUGUACCCUAUGCUAAAGGUGAUAUGAAAGGAAGCAUUGAAAUACUUCAGGUUCACUUCACUCAGUUAGGAACCUUCCUAAGCAAAAAAGACUUUUCAAACGCAGCCCUCGGGUAACACCUAUUCACCUUUCGUAAUACGGGUUAACCGGGAAGAUACACCCGACGACUGACAAAGUUACUCCUGAAGUUACCUGGAUAAGACCGUUAUCUCGCUGCGUAGUACAGGCCACAGGUUACAGUGUCUAAUAUUGUCGUUUAACUGCUUUCUUUAAGUAGUCAUCUGCAUGAUAAAGAUGAGCAACAGUUUUGUCACCAUAAACUCAAGUUCAGUCUGGCCUGAAAAACAGUUCCUCUCUACACAGACAAACCAUUUAUUCUGUCCAAUACAGUAUGUGGAAAGUCUUCUUGUUUGCUCCUUCAUGUAUCACCAGUGAUUUCUUCAAUUGCUGACAGGUGUGCACUAAUUAGCAUAACUGCACCUGUAGCCAAUUUCACAUUAAAAGCUUUCAUUCAUUGGGUGGUGUAACUUAAAAAAAGAAACCACACACAAAGGGAUUUCAUUCUGUGCCUUUACUUUGAUAAUUCUGAUGAUACCCCACCCCUUCAUGUUUUCUUAGUACACAACAGUGCAAUCACAGAUAUGUAUAAAGGCAUUGACACAUGGGCUGCAAAUUAAAAUUUAACAUACAGAAAAUAUUGCAUUAAUAUAAAUCAAGUGAUGUAAUAAUACUAAAAAAACAAAAAAACA